ACGCGCACGCGCACUAUUCCCAAAGAAGAAAAAUCUUGAGAGGUGCAUCAACCUCAUGCCAUGGUUGGCGUGCCUGGGAAGUCGAAAGGAUGCAUUACGUGCCGGAGGCGGAGAAUAAAGUGCGAUGAGGCCAAGCCAACGUGUAAAAGAUGUGAGAAGAGCGGGUAUAUCUGUGCCGGGUAUGAUACCGGCUUGCACUUUAUCAACACCUCAACGGCGCCGUUUCGAGAAUCUCGGUCAUCAACGACUACGACACCCGCGAAGCAAUACGACCGUAAGACGUCAAUUAAAAUCGUGCCGAGAAUACGCACUGUCGUAGUGGCCCCCGAACUCAGUCUUGUUGCCUUCCAAUCCGAUGUCUGCGUCUCGUACAUGUUCUCUAACUUCGUGUGGAGAACAUACGGCAGCGGGUGGCUGGACCUCGGUGCGGAAGGCAGAAUCGAUGCUAUGACUCGGCAAUCCAUCAACGCGCUUUCGCAGACCUUCUUUGGAGUCUCUCAUCAUCAAGAACAGCUCCAAUUGAAAGGGUCGAUGCAGUAUGGAAAGGUGCUGACGCUACUCCGACCCAAGUUAGCAAACCCUUCAAACCCGGGGUUAGAGUACUUGAUUAUUCCGGUAAUGGUAUUGCUGAUGCAUGCGUCAUAUGAGGAAGAUAAAACGGCUUGCAUAGCGCAUGUCAAAGGUCUGCUCAUGAUGCUGCAUGUUUGCGGACCGGAAAAAUUCCAGAAAGAACCUCUUCGAAGCGCUUUUGAAUCUGCGCGAGCAACGCUAGUAACAACAUUCCUGAUUGCUCGUCAACCUCUUUUCCUUGACCAAGAGCCCUGGAAAUCAAUACCAUGGGCUCUCGAUCCUUCUACAAAGAGCCAGCAAAACCACCUUGUUGAUAUUCUAGUCCACAUACCUGGUUUCCUAGCCUCGGACAGCAAACUCCAAGAAUGUCCUGAUGCUGGCGGUAUUUCCUCCCUCCUCCACCAUAUAAAAUCCCGCCUCUAUACGCUCUACGUCUGGCGUUACGAAUGGGACGUUUUCAACCCUUCCGCAGCCUGGGAAACCACACCUCCAUCACCCUCUUCAAUACCUCGCGUCGUACCCAAGAAACUCCAUUUCCAAACACACACACAAGCCGCCGAGAUCCUCUUAUAUAACGCUGUGCACAUGUGGCUCCUGAGUUUACUCUUCCGCCUCUCACCGCACGACCCCACAGUCCCGACCAGCACCAUUCUCACAACUGCAUUAACAGCCUCAACACUCUUUCCCCUCCCCGCAUCCUCUUCUCCGUCCCCCCUCCAGCCUCCUGCCGCCGUACUCUCCCUUCGCGACAUCGCGAUUGAAAUAUGCCGGUGUUUCGAAUACCAGAUGGAGUCGCCACAAUCCCACAGAUCGUCGUCUCUCUUCUUUCUGUUUCCACUCGGUAUGGCAUGGCCAGUGCUGGAGAAGGAAGAGAGAUAUCGAGAUUGGAUAAGGGGGAUGCUGGAUAGUAGUGAUGUGACGAGAGGGUAUGCGAUUGGGAGGAAUGUAUGGUUUUCGAAUUAUUAUUUACCGAAGGUAUUUGGGUUGAAGAUGCCUGGUCCGGAUCCAUUUUAAGGGAGGAUGGUUGAGUACGGAAUUGAUGGCUUGAGUGGGCAAAUUCAUGGGAGUGUUCUCGCAUUGUUACUUCCUAGUCUGAUUUGCUAUAUGAGCCCUGGGUUUUCUGUUCAUGUUUGAG